CUCCACUCUGGUGCGUCCCCGAAAGAGUAUCGAGAGAACAGCCGCCUCUGCUCGUCCUACCGCGCGCCCUCACACAUCUCCGUCCUGUCAUCCUUCAUACUAUCUAUCUGCCACUUCGUGUGUACAUCGUGGGGCAUCUUUCCUGUCAUGUUUGUCUUUGUUUGAUCGUGGAAUGCUACCAUAGUACGAGGCAUUCUCACAAUGAUUCGUUUCCUUCACUAAGACCUUUUUUCUUUCCUUCAACAUCCCCCCAUUGACUGGGUUUUUUCGAUUCUCCUCCCGGCCGGCCCGCGGCCCCGACAAACGAAAUGUUCAUUCCAGGAAUUGUUCAGGCCUUGGUCUCGGCCCUUACCUUUGGAAUCGUCAUCCAAGCCGCGACGCCCGCCGUCUUUCCUUUAGCAAAGGGCCAUGGCUCAAAGAUCUUUCGGGACGGCCUGAGGCUGGUCCUCAUCACAUUCCUUGUAUCAUCCGCCCUGUGGGCUCAAAUAGACUUCACCGGCAUCACCCUCGACCCAACCUCGACUGCCGGAUGUCAAGUCGCCGUAAUUUUUACUACAAUCUUCGAUCAACUCGCCCGAUUCGCCAUCGAGCAGUUCUUGCUAUGGGCUAUCAAUGCGAACGCGAGAGCGCCGGCGAGCGCGAUGGUCUACCAGGCGGUCCUCGGCGUGCGAUUUAUUCUAGGCGCCGUAUUUGUUGGGUUUCAGAAGGCUCAGAUUGCCACCGUCUGCGUUGCCAGGAAUGAUCUCCUGGCUAUAGGUGCUGUUGUCAUGGUCACAGACUUUGCCGUGAUUGCUGCGCUCGCCUUCAGAGCCAACUCGAUUGGCAUCACGAGUGUGCCAGUGAAGAAGGCCAUCUUCUGGGUCAUUGGCGCCCUCGCUCUCUGGACGGCGACAAGUAUUCCAAUGCUUCUGGGCAUAGACACUAUUGAGCUGAUCUUCAGAACUGCUCUUCCCGCCACUGGCCUGUCAAUUCUUCUCAGCGUCCUUACAGGCUCUCUGGGAGUCUUGCUACCCCCUCGCCAAAAGCAAGAAGUCCAUCCGGAUGCCCAGUCCCCGCGAAACAUCAGUUCCAGCAGAGACCUCUCAACUUCAGACACUGACUACCCGCCGUCGCGAUACGAGGACCUCAAAGGAGGCACGAUUACUACUGUCACGACUUUCAACCAACCUGUAGACUUUGGUGGAGGUGUCGGCGGCGGCGCUCUGCCCACCAUGCCUAGCAUCGCUCCGGGUCAGGCAUCUACCGGUGUAGGCGGUGUUCCCGUGCAGGGCCAGCUCUUCCCACCGAUUCGGGCCCAGACGGCACCUCCCAGGCAAAGCAGGAGCAUGGACGCGAGACCCAACAUCAUGAAGGGUCGGAGUAUCUUCGACAAAAUUGGACCGGGCUCGAACAUCAAGAAUGCUAUAUCCAAUCCGAUCCUCCAGGACAGCGGAGAGCAGAACCCCCUGAGCAAGAUCGCCACUAUCGAUCUCGCCACGGCUGCAAAGAACGACAGGGAGAAGAGAGGCAACGACUUUACUUCGAUGCAAAGGAACUCGAGCUUCAACGCGCAGCGCCCAGCCCCCAAGCCCCCAGCGAUUACUCCGGAAGAGGCUCUCAAACGUGCGCAGAGUGGAAAGAGGAAGGAAGUUGGACUGAAGUCGCCUCCUGCGGAACCGCAACAACUCCGAUCGGUUGGGCUCAUGUCAAAUCCUCCCGCAACGACUUCGUCCGCCCAGCUGUCCCCCGGCGUGGAGGAAAUCAGACGCAGAUCCCCCAGACAAAUGCCAGAGACCCUCCAGCAGCUCGAGAACGAAAAGAGACCGGUCACGCCCCCGCAGACCGCACCUGUGAGCAGCAUCUCUCCGCCUCGCCCACAACGCCCGCAAAGACCUCUGAGCCCCUUUGAGACGAUGGACAGAUCAGCCAGCCAGCGUACUGUGGAAAGGACUAUGAGCCAGAAGACGGAAAAGACCCUCGAUCGUUCCGUGAGCCAGAAAUCCUCUACUGCGACCGAAUUCACAGUUGCAUCACCGCCCCUUGGUCUCGUACCUCCGCCUCCACCCAAGAGCGCCGCUCGUUUGAUGUCACCUACCAAAAAGCCGGACCUACCACCAACCUGGCCCAUUCAGACCGCUGUUGACCCGACAAUCCGCCCCUCCAGGCAAAAGCCUCUUUCGCCCAAGACACCUGGUGGCAGCAGUUUACAGCGACGCCCGACAGGUGGCCUGCCAUCAAACCCGAGAGCGAUGGCCAUGAGGCCUUUGCCCAAGGACGCAGUUCAACAGGAGCAGACUGUCAUGUUCGUGAACAAGAUCCAGUACAACGACCCGACGGCAGUGCAAAGCAUCAUUGAGGGAGCCUCAAACCAGGCCGCCAAGACGCCUCAUACGCAGUCUCCUGGGCCAGGGCUCAAGUCAUCAGGGUCCGUCGUUCAUAGACCUCGCCCGAUUCCGAGACAGCAGGGCAAGGACCGUCAAAUCUUCCCAGCAGAGAACUCUCCUAACCACAGGCGGAGCAAGUCAGGGGGUUCCAUCAUGAGCAGGAAAUCAAUUCUCUUAUCGAACCCUGGCAGCCCAACUCAACUGCCACCCCUGCCACCACCACCGAAGAGCGCUGGUAACCAUCCUGUACGCGCACUGCCAAAUGACACCAAGAGCAUGACUUUCGAUGAGAAGAUGGAUCUUUUCUUCCCGGGAGCUCUUGGCAACUCUGAGACGGGCGUCCAGCCCAGAACCCCAGUUCCCGAGAUGCCCAUGGUUCCUUUGGCCUUCAAGCCUGCGAGCAACUCGGGAGGUGACGAAAGAGAUGCAUGGGAAUCAGGAAGCAGUCGGGAUCAGUCCAAGCAGUCCGAUCGCUCGACCAAGACGUCCAUUCGGACCCAGAGUAUUCUUGAUAUCGAAGAGUCAGUUCGGCCAGAUCUGCCUCGCAAUACCUCCAAAUUCAGCGUUGAUACCUCCGUUAUUACUGGAAGACCUGAUGAGCACGACUCUUGGAUUCCUGCGUUACCUGUCAACGACACCGCGGAGAUCAAGCGAGCAUACGAUGGAGCAAAGCGCCAGUCAUCACCUGUGCUUCCGGUUCGCAACCUUAGUCUCUCUGAGUUCAGCGAGACGAGGACGGUCAGGACUCGCGAUGAAGAGACCACGACAAAUUGGGGAUCCAUUCACUCACCUGUCGCGCCGGUGAACAUCCAAGAGGCUACGCACAUGCCGAAGCCAACUUGGAUCCAGCCUCGCGACUUGUCCAUGAUCAGCCACAACGACGGCAAGGAAGUCAUGACAAUCAUGCUCGAUGCAUCUAUUGAGCACGAGAGAGACGUGGAAGCCCCGCAAGAGGCUCGCGAAAGCCCCGUUGACCUUCCAGAGGUGAGCCUCGCAAACAGAGGUGCUCGCUGGCACCGGCGCAUCGGCGACGAGAGCAUCACAUUCACUGAGCGCAAGGAGCCGGUGCAGUCGCGCAGACAGCCGCCUCCGAGAGCUCUUCAGCUCAGAUCUCCCGUCAAGAAGAACACGAUCGUGAUGCACGCCGCAGAGCCUUCUCCAUUGGAGUCGCCGCAGCAUGCCUACGAAAUGAUUCAAGCGCAACUCAAGAAGCUGGAACAGCCGAACCGCGACUCGUACGAAAGCCAAGGACAGAGAAUUCGUCUUCUGGAAUCUUUGGAGGCUGAAAUGGGCCAGCAAGAAAACCAAUGGCACGAGAUGCAGCAUGGUCUCAGCCGGGACUCCAUGUCGACAGUUGGGACGACGUCGGUCCGCAACUCGCAACACGAAUCUGCAAUUGUCAACUCGCGAAGCCUUGCCCAGAUUGACGAGUCGCUUCAAGAGAUUCCCCAGCGUAACAACAUUGCGUUAGACCGGCGCAAUUCCCGUCGCGCUCGGAUGGGCAGCAUGAGCAAGUCGUCGUCUGAAGAUCUGAGGACGCUAAGCGCGUCUUCCCUCUCUUCUGACGGCACCAACAACAACCGCACCAGUCUCUGGCAACAGCGACUUGCGGAUGCUCAGAUGGAGUAUAUGGAGAACGCUUCCGAGCUAUUGGCAAAGAGAAACCUCAAUUUCUUGUCUGUCUCAAAAGCGCCCUUGAGUGCGACUGCUGCAGCGUUGCAGCUUGGCAGUCCUACCCCACCGGACACCGACGAGGAGUCCGACGGCGCUGACGGUGUCAACGCUCAGAUACUCGCGAGGCUCAUGCCGAACGAGCGAGCUCCCGCACCCCCAGAAUGUCUGUGGAAACCCGACUCGCCAGUUUAUUUUGAGCGCGAACCACCGCUGCUUUGGGCUCCUCCCGCAAACCAUGGCGUCGCGUCUAAAGUUACUUCCCCCAAUGGCGACACCUUACCUGGUAUCUCCGUUCGCCCUGCGACACGCAAGGUCUCCGAUCCCCUAAAUAUCGUGAGCUCGCAACUUUGGCAGCCCGAUCACACUGCUGCUAAGAAGCUACGGCCCACCUCCGGACUUUGGCGUGUCUCUUGGAGUCCUGAGCCCAUCAAGGAUAACUUCCAACCGCCCCAGCGUCCCCUGACCCAACGUCCACCAAGACGUAGCAAGCGUGUCACACUGUUACCCGAUAUUCUUGAGAGCCCGCAACCCCUUCCUGAUAAGAGAGGUACGCUCGGUAUCUUCCAGUUCCCCUGGGGCGAGAAGUCGGACACCGCCACCGUCCAACCGCGUGGGCCAAGUCAUAUGUUUAUGGCUAUGCCCGGUACUAUGUCAACUGGUGGACCUGCAGUACGUGCCGCAUUAGAAGCUCGCGCAAAGCAACUCGAAGCUCAAGAAUACUCCUCUUCCUUCUUUGACGACUACGACGACGAGGAAGAAGGUGACGACGAAGUGUCUGAUAUUGAAGACGACGAAGACAGUGACGACGGCUUCGACGAGACCACCCUCUGGGAAAUCGCCAGUCUCCUCCAGUCGGAUCAGGUCCCAUCCAAGAACAGUCUGCUUCCCCAGCCUAUCACAUACCGCCCAGAGUCCUUUGCCGAGGAGUACAUCUCUGAGCGCUCUCAGUCAGAGUACGAAGACUCCGAGGACGAGAAGACAGCUGAGGACAACGACGACCCCAAGCACGACUCAAUGGUCAUCACCAUCGCCGCCGAGGACUUUGCCUCCUCGCCGGAACCCGUCUCCCUUCUCUGGACCCCUAAGCCAAAGCAGUUCAUCAGCCGUCGCACCUCAACAGGUCUUCCGCAACCCGAUGCCCGUGUAUGGGGAAGCUACCUCGACAAGAUGAGCGCCCCUGCCCGCGUCCGCGAGCGUCUCCCAGAGCCUGCCGUCAUCCACAGCACUUCUCUCUGGACCGCGCCCGCGAAGAAGCAAAAGCUGGCCCAGUCCAACACUCCCCUCUGGAGCAAGCCGCAGCAGCAGCAGCGCAAGAGCAAGAAGACGUCCAUGUGGGCUGCCAGACCCGCCGUCGUCUACACCGAGUCUAUCGGCCUGUUCAACCCUAGCCACAAGCGCGCGUGUUUCAGAACAACCUCUGCUCUCCCCGUCGGCCUCGGCAUGCCCUCCGCCGCCCGCGUGACGUCCGAGGAGCUGCCCCAGCUCGAGUCGUUCAGCCUCUGGGCCCCUACACCCGCAGAGACUCGCGUCGAAGACUGGAUGUCCCUCGCCGUCGCAAGACCUAGCUCCCGCGCCUCGUCUGGCCGCUCCACGCCAUCCUUGGACACCGCAUCAACACGAUCCGACGAUGAGGAAGCCGUGUCCGACUUUGAGCCGCUCCCGGAGGUCCCCGCCGUCAAGCAAUCGACGUGGUGGGAUUCCCUCAAGUCCCAAAUGUCCGCUCAAUCGCCCGCCACCCAGCCUGAGCCCCUUCGCCGCACAACAGCGACGGCGGCGCAAUGGGAAGCCGCCCUGUACGAGGCCAUCGGCGCGAUUCCUGCGCCGCGUCUCGUCCGCAAGGCCUCCACGCCGUCAGAGUGGGCAGAGGCUCUCAACCGGGCCGUCAUCUCAUCCUCCUUCAACGCAGCGACAUCGCACCCGGCCCUCGCAGGCUCCGUGACGACGACAACAGUCUGCGACCCCGCCGUCGCAAACCCAAUCUUCUUUGCCUCGGUUCCUUCUCCCGUCGUACCCCUCUGGACCGCCCCCGUUGUCACGAUCCCCAAAGACACGGGUAUCAUGUGGAUCCCUCCCACUAAGCCCCGCCGCCACGCGCACGACACGACGCCCAUGAAGCCCGAGGACCCUGAAUCCCGCCGCCUGCGCAUCAAGCGCACCAAGAAGAUGGGGGGUACCAGCACCGACCCGUCCACGUUUGGCCUCGUCAGCUUUGACGGCCAAGCCAUGUGGAACGACGUCUAUGGCGCCGAGCUCAGAAGCAGGAGCGUCACGCCUCUGGGUGGUAACCGGUACUGGAUCGCGGAGGACGCGGCUCAGGAGUCUGUGGAGGAGGAGCUGAUUAUCCAGUUUGGCUGAGAAAAUUGUCGUGUUUGGACAUAGAUUGGAAAAAGUAUAUCCAGAACGAGGAAAGAACAGGAUCUGAGAUUUGUGGUCUCAGGGAAAGGAAAUCGGUGACACGAUGUACGAAGAAAUUAGUGGUCCUUUUUACAUAGCGUUUUUUUUGGUUUCCGCGAGGUUGUGGGAAAUUCCCUUCUUUUCUCUAAAAGGACUUUCGCAGUCACACCCACACACUCAAACAGUGUUUCUCUUUUUUAUCUUGUCUAGUAGCUACAAAAGCUUCAGGUAUUCCCACAUUGGUUCUCAGGAUUAAUAAUGUGUGCGUUUGUCUGUGUUUGUAUGUCUUCUGAUUAACACAUCGUGGUAAUACGUUCCCCCCUUAUAUCCCG